UUAGACAUUAGACCUCUCAAACACAAUACACACACACAUAUAUAUAUGUGUAUGUAUGUAUAUAUAUAGAUGAAGAAUAACAUGGCUUAGUGUAUGUUCAUUAGUUGGAAGUUUAAAGCUGAGCUUAAUUAUGGGAAUUCUGAGCUUCUGUUUCUUAGUUUUAUCCAUGAACGAACUAGUUUCGGGUCAAAUAACGACCGAACCCAGUGAAGUGGCUGCUAUCAACAAGCUGAUAGAUUACUGGGGUUUGAAGUCAAAGCUGAAUAUAACUAUUGAUCCAUGCACCGCGGACGCACCAUGGGCUCCAGUGUCCGCAAACCCACGGGUCGCUUGCGAUUGUGCAGCCAACAUCUGCCAUAUAACUCACUUGAAGAUAUAUGCUUUGGACAUUUCUGGUGAACUCCCACAAGAACUGUUUCAACUUACAGAGCUUAUGGACUUGAACCUCGGGCAGAACAUACUAAGUGGCUCUAUCCCUCCGGAAAUAGGAAACUUGCUCAAAAUGCAAUAUUUGAGUCUUGGCAUUAACAAUUUUAGUGGUCGCGUGCCUGUGGAGUUUGGCAAGCUUACCAAGUUGAAAUCCUUAAGCUUCAGUUCAAACAACUUUAAUGGACCCUUGCCUGUUGACUUAGGAAAGUUGACCUCCUUAGAGCAACUGUACAUAGACAGCAGUGGAGUUAGCGGGCCGAUUCCUCAAGAACUAUCAAACUUGAAAUCCCUUCACACUGUGUGGGCAUCAGACAACGGUUUUACUGGAAAGCUUCCGGAGUUUUUUGGAACUUUUACAAAUCUUACAACAUUGAGACUUGAAGGAACAAAUCUCGAAGGCCCGAUUCCCAGCAGUUAUGCUGCUUUGACUAAACUCGAAGACCUGCGAAUUGGUGAUCUCAGUGGUGAAGAUUCGACCCUUGAUUUCCUGGUUAACUUGGCAAGCCUCUCAAUUCUUUCAUUGAGAAGCUCCCGAGUAAGUGGUGAAAUUCCGCCACAAAUUGGCACGUUUCCUAACUUACAAUCCCUGGACUUGAGCUUCAACAAGUUAACAGGCAGCAUACCGAACACUUUCCAAGACUCACAAUCGUUGCAUUUCUUAUAUCUUGGAAGCAAUAUGUUAACGGGGGAGAUCCCGUCAAAUAUCAUAACUCCACAGCUCCGGGCAUUAGAUAUAUCAUUUAACUCCAUCACCGGGAACUUGCCUGCUAAUUUCGCCAAAAUUGAACGGUCAUUGAAUGUUGUAGGAACUUUGGUGAAUGGAGAUGGCUUACUAGACGGGAAGGCGUCUGAGAUCUCACGAUGCCUUUUGAAUGAUAACAAGUGCAUAGAAAAGGUUCCAAUCAAUUCUUUCGCUAUCAAAUGUGGUGGCUCGCAACAAAUAUCUUCCUACCGUAUUACCUUUGAUGAUGAUUCAGAAAUCCUAGGGGCUUCAUCGAUCUACACGAGUUCUAAUAACCAUUGGGCGGUAAGCAACACGGGUAGUUUCAUAUCCAACCCGAACGGGCCUCAAUAUACAACACAAACCGCUUCUCAAAUCACGGGUACUUUAGACUCUGAGUUAUAUAAAACAGCAAGAGUCUCGCCAAACUCGUUAAGGUAUUAUGGGCUGGGGUUGAGAAAUGGAAGAUAUAAUGUUGAACUUCAUUUUUCUGAAAUACAAAUGGAUGAUUCUGAGUCGUGGAGAGGCCUUGGAAAACGCUUAUUCGACAUUUAUAUCCAGGGUGAAAGAGUUGUGCAAGAUUUCAACAUAAAGGAAGAAGCAUACGGGGUGAAACGAGCUUUGGUGAAACUGUUUGAAGCCAACGUAACAAACGCUAAUAUCGACAUUCAUUUUAAGUGGGCCGGGAAAGGAACUUGCUGCAUUCCGGUUCAAAGCACUUUUGGCCCGUUGGUCUCAGCUAUAUAUGUUUCUCAAGUCUCCACCUUUUCGGGUUCAUCCAACGGUAACAAGAAGCAACUCGGAAGAAUUGUUGGACUAACACUUGGAGUUGUCGCCGGGCUGUUUAUCGCAGCAUCCGUUUUUUACUUAUGGUGGGUAAAGAAGACACCAGAACAUAUACGUGUCGGUUCAGACUCUCCCAAGAAAAACCUAAAUUCUACUUAGGUAGUUUUGUGUAAACCUUAAGCAACCACAACUUGGGUUUCUAGCUUAUGUUUCUCAUUGUUAUAUCUUCUACAUGUUGUUCCAGUUUGUAUCUUUGUGUUAAUGUUGGGAACUUGUGUGUAAUAUGUCUAUAAGAAACUCAUAUAAAUAAUGAGUUAAAAUAAAUAAAAAAAGUUUGAAGUGUAAUUA